UUAGAAGGGCAAUUUUUCUGUGCUUUUAGCGCAUUUGGCAAAACUCUUAAAACAAAUGCCACACGCUCAGCUAGUGGUGUGAAUUGCCCAACACCUCACACAGAUUCUUUGCCAACAAUACCACCAGGGAAGCACCAUUUUACUGCCAAAUUAUCUGUUAGAAUGAAACCUGGACCAGAUUUUGUUGCUACAAAUUUUACAUUUUAUGACUGUAGCACCUACACUUCCUGCACUCAGUGUGUUUCAAGUGACUUUCCUUGUGAUUGGUGUGUUACUGGCCAUCGGUGUACACAUGAUACUGGAGAAAACUGUCGAAAUGAUGUACUUGUUACUGGGGUUUCUAGUGUUGGUCCUAGCAUACGAUCUGGUCCUGGUUUUUGCCCACGAAUAAACAAAACACAGAAUGGUUCUACUGAAAUACUUGUCGCUUCUGGUUUAAAGAGAAGAAUUACUGUUAAAGUGGAUAAUAUACAGCAGCAUAUAGCUAGAAUGAGGUUCUUAUGUCAGUUCAACAUUGAAGGACGCGUAAAACAAGUAAAUGCUCAGCUGAUUGGGGAGAUUAUGUAUUGUGAAGAGCUGGAGUUUUCAUAUAGUACUCAAGCACCAAAUAUAACAGCAGCAUUUGCUGUUAUUUGGGAUGUCAACAAGCCCUUUGAUAAUCCAGAAAACAUUCAUGUUUUGAUAUUUAGAUGUUCUGGCAUGGCACAGAGUUGUGGUAUUUGUUUAGAAUUGCCUAAAAAGUAUAAUUGUGGCUGGUGCCAAGAAACCGUUAAUUCUUGCCAAGUUUAUGAAAAUUGCAAUCGGCUUCCAACUCUUUGGCUAGAUAGACAACAGACUUGCCCUAACCCUCAGAUUAUAUCAUUUUAUCCUAAGUCUGGCCCUUGGGAAGGAGGCACAAAUAUCACAAUAAAAGGCAUCAAUUUAGGGAGAGUGUUUCAAGAUAUUGCUGGAGGUGUUAGAAUAAUACAUGAGGAUAGAAAAGUAAUAGCUGAAUGUAUACCCCAUGAAGAGCUUUACAUCAAAACUACACAAAUUGUGUGCCAGGUUGAGAAACCUCCAAAUCUAACGACUGGCUUAAUUAGUGGACCUAUGCCUGGUUUUGUGGAAGUUAAAGUUUUAAAUGAUUAUACAGCUAGAUCAAGAGAGCAGUACUCAUUUGUUAAUCCGAGAAUAACAUCAAUAAAACCUGGGAAAGGUCCAAAGUCUGGAGGCACCAUUCUGGAAAUCUGGGGUUUGCAUAUGGAUGCAGGUAGCAGAGCAGAAGCAUUUGUUGGAGCUUUGCCCUGUAAUGUUACCAGUCGUGACUCCAACAGAGCUGUAUGCAUUACUUCCGCGUCAAAAGAGAAAACAACUCAGACUGUGAGAAUUAAGUUCGACAAUGGACUGCGGGUAUUUGAGGAUUACAAAUUCCUCUAUGUUGAGGAUCCUGCAAUCUCACUUGUUGAAUCUGGUUCUACAGGCCAAAGAGGUAUUCCCAAAGGAAUCCCAAGUGGUGGGAUUACAAUCAGUGUGAAAGGUACAAAUUUGAAUGCAGUUCAGCAUCCUUUUAUGUACACGAUUGUUGACAAUGAAGAAUAUAAUAGUAGCUGUAUUGUUGAAUCAGCUACAGAGAUGAAAUGCAAAAGUCCCAGGGUACCUGCUGAAAAACUGGACUUUUCUUCAGAUAAUAUGGAGGCCCAUCCUAUUGAGCUGGAGUAUGGAUUUAAAAUGGAUCACGUUGAGCAAGUUCAAAAUCUUAGCAGUAAAGCUAAAUAUACUAAGUUUAUGAUGUAUCCAGAUCCAGUUUAUUAUCCUUUCAGUGAAAAGAAUGGUGUUAAAUAUUACAAAAGUGAUUACCUCACUAUAAAUGGAAUGAAUUUAGAUAGAGCUUCUCAAGAAACUGAUGUGAUUGUACGCAUUGGUACCAGUUAUUGCAAUGUCACAUCCUUGUCACGCUCUCAACUAACUUGUAGGCCACCUACAACACAGCCUCCUGCUCGAGAUGCUAAUGGGAAGCCUGAUCCAAAUAAGAUUCCCCAAGUUGUGGUUGAAGUUGGUGACCAUCUCAAGUUUACUAUUGGCCGUUUAAGCUAUGAACUACCAUCAAAUCAAGAUAGCACAUUAACAAAACCUGUAAUUAUUGGUGUCAUUACUGGAGCUUGUAUUCUGGUUGUUAUUGUCAUAAUAAUCUUGAUCGCUUAUCGCCGUAAAUCUACAGAGAGCAGCCGAGUAUUGAAGAGCAUGCAAGAGCAAAUGGAUGUCUUAGAACUUCGUGUUGCUAGUGAAUGCAAAGAGGCCUUUGCUGAGCUUCAGACAGAAAUGACAGAUUUGACAGGUGACCUAACUACAGGUGGCAUUCCUUUCUUGGAUUACAGAACCUAUGCAAUGAAAGUACUGUUACCAAAUAAUGAUGAUCAUUCAGUACUUAGAGAUAUGCAGAUUGAUCCCAUUAAGAAACCAUAUAUAGAAAAGGGACUGCGUCUUUUUGGACAAUUAAUUAUGAAUAAGACAUUUUUACUAUUAUUUAUUCGCACACUGGAAUCAAAUAGAUAUUUUUCCAUGCGAGAUAGGGUCAAUGUUGCCUCUUUGAUCAUGGUCACUUUGCAAGGGAAAAUGGAAUAUUGCACUGAUAUACUGAAAACUUUAUUAGCUGAGCUUAUUGAAAAAUGUAUGGAAGGUAAAAGUCAUCCGAAGUUGUUAUUGAGAAGGACGGAAUCUGUGGCUGAAAAGAUGCUCUCUGCAUGGUUUACAUUUCUUUUAUUCAAGUUCCUGAAGGAGUGUGCGGGUGAGCCUCUAUUCAUGCUAUAUCGGGCUAUUAAACAACAAGUUGAUAAAGGCCCUGUGGAUGCAGUAACUAGUGAGGCUCGGUAUUCACUGUCUGAAGAGAAGCUCAUUCGACAAUCCAUUGAGUACAAGAGUAUGACUGUCUAUGUUUCAAUGUCCUCUCAGACAGCAUAUGCUCAAGGGUUGGAACCACACGGUGAAAAUAUAGAGACACCAGUGAAGGUUUUGGACUGUGAUACAAUAUCUCAAGUGAAAGAAAAAGCAUUAGAUGCUAUUUACAGGAACACACAAUUUUCACAGAGGCCAAGCAAAGAUGGAUUAGAUUUAGAAUGGAGGGCUGGAAAUUCUGGGCGUCUCACUCUUUCAGAUGAAGAUUCUACAACAAAGACUGAAGGAGAAUGGAAGAGGCUUAACACUCUAGCACAUUAUAAGGUCCCUGAUGGUGCAUUAUUAACUCUUGUGCCAAAGCAAUCAUCUAUGUAUAAUAUAACCAUCAUGACAGAUAAGCUAGAAAAGUCACAUAAAUAUGAAACAUUAAAUUUUCCACUAAAAACUAGUCCCCCGCUCAGUCGAGCUACUUCACCUAUGAACCAUGACCCUGAGGGUGGCUAUAAAUAUUGGCAUCUUGUUCGACAUCAUGAUGCAGAACAAAAAGAAGGAGAAAGGGGGAAUAAAAUGGUUUCAGAGAUAUACUUAACCCGCCUAUUGGCAACAAAGGGCACUUUGCAGAAGUUUGUAGAUGAUCUGUUUGAAACAAUUUUUUCCACAGCUCACCGUGGAAGUGCCUUGCCAUUAGCUAUUAAGUACAUGUUUGACUUUUUAGAUGAUCAGGCAUUAAAUCAUGGGAUAACAGAUCCUGAAGUAGUACACACGUGGAAGUCAAACAGUCUUCCUCUCAGAUUCUGGGUGAAUCUGAUAAAGAAUCCUAACUUUGUUUUCGACAUUCACAAAUCAAAUAUUGUUGACUCAUGUUUAUCUGUAGUAGCACAAACAUUUAUGGAUGCAUGCUCAACAUCUGAUCACAGACUUGGUAAAGAUUCUCCAAGUAGUAAACUCUUAUAUGCCAAGGAUAUUCCAGUUUAUAAAGAUUGGGUUGAAAGGUAUUAUAGAGAUAUAAAAAAUAUGGCAGCAAUCAGUGAUCAAGAUAUGAAUGCCAUGUUAGCCGAAGAAUCAAGGCUUCAUGCACAUGAAUUCAACACUAAUGUGGCAUUAUAUGACCUAUAUGCUUAUGCUGUCAAGUACAAUGAGCAGCUGAUGCAAACUUUAGAGGAAGAUGAAUUCUCAACUAAAAACAAACUACCUUGGAAACUGGCCCAAGUUCUGUCUAUUAUGAGCGGAGAAUCGGAAGCAUGACCUAUGCCAACACUGAUAGUCAUAUAACAUUCCAUUUUUCCCCACAUACCUGAAAGCAAUCCUAGGCAAUAAGCUUUCUAGGAAUAUCAGUGUAUGGACAUUUGCAGUUAUGAAGUGGGAUUUUUCGCAAAUGUAUAUUAAACAUCCAUAAAGAAAAAUUACAAAUGAUGAAAACAUUUACUGCUGGGAUCUGCUUAACAGUAGUGAUCGUUUCCUCUUUCAGUGAGGAAUUUGUAUAAGUGUCAAACUUCUGCAUAUUGAUGUUGAACUUUUUUCUCUUAUAAACGAUUUACUUGGGACAUCAUCGCACAGGUACUUUUAUCAUGACUUUUUAUCUUCAGAUAAAGUAUAAAUAUGUAAGAAUUUUACUACUUUUCAGACAUGUGUGCAAUUUAUUUAGGAACUGAAAUUUUCUAAGAAGAAAUCGGUGUCUUAAGCAGCUAAUGGUGCUCCAUAGAUCAAGAAGUAUAUACAUUCUUUGUCUGUCAUGGAAGAUGGCAUUUGACAUUAUGUUGUGUUGCUCUAUUAGCAUGGCUGAGUGGAUAAGAAAUUCAGCCUAUCACUGAAGAAAGAAACAUCAAGUUAAUGUAUAUCAGCCAUUAUAUCAGUGCCUUGCAUUGCUUCGUCCCGAGCUAUCCGAUUGCGGGCAUCUGACUCCGAAAAGCCUGCUUCGAAAUUUAUUUUGAAACCCUGCGUGAAUUCCUGAAUCCCACCUGCGAUAUACUAUGCCAUUUGUCUCAGCAUCUGAUGCCACUUCUUUCUUGUCUUCCAGCUGAAAUUUUGCUUUUUCUGUCAUUUUUUUUCCAUAGUUCCUUUUUAUUUUUUGACUGUGAUGCAUGUGCUGGCCGAGCUUUUGUUUUCUGUGGAGUUGCAUCAUUUCAUCGACCCAUAGAUAAUCAGGACUAUUAUAUGAAUAGACUGCUAAUAAAACAAAAUAAAUCUGAGGGUCCUCGGCACGACGGAAAGUCCGGCUCUCGCCUGGAUGACGAUGUGUACGAAGCACUCCUCCGUAUACAUGGCUACAAUCAUAAAUGCUGUCUGGAUUGCCGAUGAGAACGAAUGGCACGAGCUUGUAAUGCCACUUAGUUUGUGGUCGGUCAAUACUAAUGUCGUUAACAAAAAAAAAAAAAUCUUGCUGCACUGUGAUACUCUCUGUAGUGUACAAAAUUAAAAAAGAAAAAUAUUUCAAGGAUAGGAGCUGACCUGGUGCUGUGCACAGCUACCUCUUGAGCUAGGAAAAUGUGUACACAAAUGUCAGCUUGUGCAUAGAUGUUUAUGUAAUUUAUGGUCAUUGGCUCUUGUUCCAUAUUUUAUAGAUAAUCAAAUUCAUCAGUGUUGUUUGUGUGUAACUCAGUGAAAACAUUUUUCAAAGGCACUCUGUCCACAUUCAUUAUUACAAAGAAAAGAAAAAAAAAUUCCUAUGAGAGCUUAUUUUGCUCUGGCAGUUUUAAAGAGCUUGUGCAUGUUUAAGAAUCUAGUUGUUGAAAGUGUAAAAGUGUUUUUUGAUUUUCAUUUCUAUAUAUUUCAUGCUUUUAAGAAUUUACAUAAAAAAAUGAGCUGUGUGCAUCGCGCCUUUUCUCUGGAAAUUUAAUAUGUAUUGGUGUUGCACACAUUUGUACAUUCAUUCCAUUACAGUUUAUUCAUUUUUUAGCUGGUGAAGAACUUGAUGUAUAAGCCAUUUUUAAUCAGAAUUUUAAUAUUUGCUGUUUAGACUUAAUUUUUAACACUUUUUUGAGUUAAUGAUUGCUUAUUUCAUUUUUAUAAUUGUAAGUUUUUUUUAAAACCAUAUAAUUUAAAAAAAACAUUGUAUUAAAGUAUAAUUUUAAGUAUUAAAAAUUUAUAGAAAUAAAAAUUAUUAUAUACAAUAAAUAAAUUGGGGAUUAUGAAAAUUUUAUAAUUGACUUUUUAUUUUUUGUUCCAGAAUUAUCUGCAUGUGCUGCUUACUGUCUGUCAUACCCGUCCAAUUCUAAAAUAUUAGUUUAAUCUCCACUUUAUUAGCAUCAUUUUGUUUCCAUUUUAAGUGUAAAGCUUGGCAUAGAAAUUCAUAUUUAAUGGGAUCAUUUCUUUAAAUAAACAGUAUUAUACUGCCAAAUUGCUCGAAGAACACGAUUUUUUUUUUUUUUUUUUCCUCUUAAGCAAACAUAAUAUUUUCCAAAGCUGGAUAAAAAAUGGCUAGGAUUUCAUGAUUUACAAAAUUUAGUGGAGAAAAGCAUAUUAAAACUUUUUAAGUAAUGAUUUAAAACAGAAAGAGACACUUAAGAAUAUAAUUGAAAGAUAAAUAUUAUUGUAAUAAAAAUCUAAGAACAAAUGGAAGAGGAAUAUAUUAUAUAUAUAUAUAUAUAUAUUUAAAUGUAUUGUUGUGGAACUGCACAACAAAACUUGUAAAAAAUAAAAUUAAGUAACACUUUUAUGUACUUAAAUCAAACAAUUCGAUGUAAGGAACAAACUGUGAAUACAUUUAUUGUAUCUUCAUGUAUCCAUAAAAAUGCUAAUUGUGUAAACCCUUUGUAUAUGUACAUAAAAAAAAAACUGUGGGCAUGCCAUGCACAGUUUUUUAAUGAAAUUAAAAUAUCAUAAUGUACAUAACCUAUAUGCUAAAGAUCAAGUUCAAAACACUGGUAAAUUCUUAUGAUCAAAGUUAAUAAUAAUUUAAAUUUUGGAAGUGUAUGCACAUUUAUAAGCUUCACUUGUACAUUGCAUGAAAAUUAUUUAUGAACUUUCUGCUGUAAUAAGCAUGCUUUCUUCAGCUUUGUAAGUUAUUUAUUUGCAUUCAUGUUAAAUCCAGUUUUUCCAGUGUUUUGAACCAUUUUUAGCGAGGAGGUGCUACAAUUUAAAUAGCCUCCAGAAGUUGGAAACAGCACCAUGUCAGCUGUGUUUAUGCACUUGGGUGUUUUUCCAUCAGACUGCUGAGUCUGUUUAUAAAAUGCUUGACUUUGUUCCAUUGUGUUCUGUGAUCAAAAAGAUAUUGUGAAGUUUUUGAAUGAUUCUGGUUAUAUCAAUUUUUGGGGGCCCUUAUGGCAGUUUUAAAAUAAAAAGUAAGUAUUCAUAGAGCUAUUGCCAUUUAUUUUUUGUCUUGUUUGGAUAAAUGGUAGAAAAAAUCAAUUAAAGUAAAAUAUGUUCCAGUGUGUUUAGUUUGCUAGGUCUUUAAAUUUUUGUCAGCUUUUAUUACACUUACAUGACAACAUUUAUUAUAGCACUAUUAAGUUUUCUGUAGUUCUUUUUUAAUAUAUAUUUAUUAAAUUUACAAGACAUUUCAGCAUGCUUUCUUACUAAUAAUAUAUGUUUUUACAAACAGAUAUAUUAUAAAUUCAGGACUCUGAAUUAAUUUAUCAGAUCUUUGGCUGGUAGAUGGUCAAUACUAUUUUCAGGGCAUUCUUCAGUAACACAUGUAAAAUUUUUAACUAAUAUAUAUUUCAGAAGAGCACUUGAAAGUAAUAGGAGCUAUAAUAAUGAAAUAUAGGCAGUCAGCCAAAAGUAUGAAAAAAGUUAAUCCAGAAGAUUAUAUUUCUAAUACUGGCUCAUAUGAACUCUACACUUGGAAACAGACUGUUGCAACAAAACUUUAUUCAUGAAUUAUUUGGUGCUUACAAAGUAUUUAAACAACAGUAAAUAUAUAUUGAAAGUGGUAAAGCACUAGCUCUGUGAACCUGAAUCAGUCUCAUAAAUGUUUAUAGAUUUUGUAUUCACUUUCAUCAGAUAAAGAAAAAAAAAAAAUCAGUGUGUGAUUGUAUGCAUGUGUGUGUGAGUGUUUUUGUUUAUACGUGAUGUGCUAUUCCUUUCCUUUCAUUUUUGCCCUUCUGCAAACUAGAGGAAAGUAGAGAGAUUUAAAAAGACAAAAUAUGUAAGGUUAUGUAUAGAGAGAAAAGAUAAAUUUAAAGUUUCCUCUAGAAUGUGGAAAUGGUGUGUGCUAAGAAUCGUACACCUGCUUUUUGUACAACCUUGAAGACUUUGUAAAAUAUUUAUAGCAUAUUUUUAUUAUGGUAUUGGUUUAUAGAUUCUGUAAUUUGCUCAAAUGGUUUCCUGCAUUAAAAUGGCGUAUCAUCACAUCA